AUGAACUUAUUACAAGAAAACCAAACUGCAUCUACUUACGUUUAUAAAACAGCUUGGAGUAGUCACAAUCCAUCGGAAAAUUUAAAUUUUGACGAAAGAUUGUGUCUUGAAAAUGAAAUCUCUGUUCAUGAGUCAGAAGCUUUUGAUAUCAAGAUAAACAGUGGUAAACUACCUUUUAAUAAUAUACCGCUUAUCACUGAUAGCUUGAAUGAAACCGUUUGA